GAGAGAGAGGGGAAAACACGAAAACACAGCUUCUUUGGCAGCAACGGCAGGAGGUGCACAGCACGUAAGGCAGACGCAGAGGCUGCGAAACAGAGGGCCUCAACACCUUCGCCGUGUGUAUUGAAGCGAAGGCUGGUCUGGUCCAGCACUUGCACAGCUGAGGUCAAGUACCCCACGAGAGCGUAGCGCUCACGCUCCUGAAGCGGUAGCGGAGCAGUCACCUUGCAGAGCAGUCAAGUAGUAUCAUUACCACCAUGGGUCGGCGUGGAAGAGCGUCUACUUCAACAGGGACGAAGCACACGGCAUCUCUACUGGUCCUGGCUGUGCUCGCGUGCGUUUUAUCGAUAGCGUCUUCUUUCGUCGCUUCAAACGCAGCAAUCGCAUUCGGCAGGCAAGGCAGGGAUAGCAGCAGCGGUACCAGGGCAACACAGCCGCAGGGCACAGGUAGCAUGUUGUUGGAAGGAGCGCGGGGAAGACUAACGAGGCGACAGCGAUCAUCUUGCUUGGGUGCGGGUGACGGGGAGGGGGCAUCAUCUGCUGUCCCUACGGGGGGCGGCAAAAACAACGCGCUGGGAGCGGGGGAGGCGGGGAGGGGAGGGGGGAUUGCACCACCAGCAGGACGACCAUCGCUGUCUUCGCAAUCGGCCGCUCCCGCCAGGACGGAGAUCCCGACAGACGUUGCUGUCGUAGGGGCGCCCCAGCAGGCUGGAGGGAGCGUGGGCCUUUGCUGCCGAGCGGCACGAUUUAUCUAA